GGACGGGCGGGACUUGGGGCCCACGUGCAAAAAGUAACUGGCGGAAGGGCCACGGUGCAACGGGUAGUGGAGAGCUGACUAGGAAGGUUCUGGGUCUUCCCCUGGCCAGGGGAUUUCUCCCAGCCUCCAGCCAUGCGUCUCUCAGCCCUGUUGGCCUUGGCAUCCAAGGUCACUUUGCCCCCCAACUACCGCUAUGGGAUGAGCCGCCCAGGUAGCAGGGCAGACAAAAGGAGGAACCCACCAGGGACCAGGCGGCGCCCCGUGCUUGUGGAACCCAUUUCUGAUGAGGACUGGCAUCUGUUCUGUGGGGAUAGGGUGGAGAUUCUGAAAGGCAAGGAUGCCGGGAAGCAAGGCAAAGUGGUUCAAGUUAUCCGGGAGCGAAACUGGGUGGUCCUGGAGGGGCUGAAUACACAUUACCGCUAUAUUGGCAGGACCGCGGAUUUCCGAGGAACCAUGAUCCCUAGCGAAGCACCCUUGCUCCACAACCAGGUCAAACUUGUGGAUCCCGUGGACAGGAAACCCACUGAGGUGGAGUGGAGAUUCACCGAGGCAGGCGAGCGGGUCCGAGUCUCCACAAGAUCAGGAAGAAUUAUUCCCAAACCUGAAUUUCCCAGAGCGGAUGGCAUCGUCCCUGAAACAUGGAUUGAUGGCCCUAAAGACACAUCAGUGGAAGAUGCUCUAGAAAGAACCUAUGUGCCCGGUCUAAAGACACUGGAAGAAGAGGUGAUGGAGGCGAUGGGGAUCCAGGAGACUCGGAGACACAAGAAAGUCUAUUGGUAUUGAACCUGGGGGACUUCUCCCCCUCCUAGUCUUCGCCUUGAAGGCUGGGGCCACAUCAUCUUCAGACAAUAAAGAGCCAUGAUUCCUCCUC